UUAUGUAACUCCUAUCAUAAAUACAGACCUUAACUGGCACUUCCACAGUUUGUCAGGGAAAAGGGAAGAGUCAGAUACACGGACGCAGCAAUCCAUCCUAUUGGCAGUCAGAACAUAAUAGGACUUGCAGGCAUCUCAUAACGACGCGAAAUGGACUUCGAUCUGCCACCCACUUUUCCAGCCAGCGGUAUCGCAUGGGAGAGGGUCCUGCCGCCUCUUCUUCCCGGGCUGAACGGGACAUUCGGGCUGUACUCAUUCACGCCGUCGGAGCUGCUCACCCCAGUGACGGAGCAAACUGGCUCUGCACAGGUGUGUUGUGACCACAGUCGAUUCACAGUUCAGGUUGAUGUGAAACACUUCAACCCAAAGGAGCUCAUGGUCAAGGUGACAGGAGACUUUGUGGAGGUCCAAGGGAAACACAAAGAGAAAAAAGAUGGGUCGGGGCUGGUGACGCGACAGUUUAACCGGCGCUACAGGAUUCCAGAGGGAGUGGACUCCAUGGCUCUGGAGUCAGGUGUGUCGCCUGAAGGCAUCCUCAUCAUAUCGGCCCCUAUGCUGCAGGGGGAGAACUCCAGACACCUGUCCCACUCAGAAUCAUGAGCAUACACACCAUAAGAACAAACACACAAUCAAUAGGAACCAGUGUUGGGGGGGGGGGGGUAGUAGUAAACUACAUGUAGUUCAACUAGUAAUUCAAAUACAUUUUUCAGAAGCUUGGUGGCAGUUCAUAUCUGGUAGUUUGCUACACAGCAACAAAAAAAAGUAGUUAACUACUGGAACUACACACGACUUCUUUUGCAAAUAGAAAACAUGGGUGAAGUAGGCAAUCAUUUCCUUUCUUUUUCAGUAUUACUCCUUUCUAAUUCUCACUUGAAACAGUUGUUUAAUAUGCUAAAUUACACAUUCUGUUAACAUCUUACUCCAGAGUGAUCUGUUCUUGCAAUUUGUAGUCUAACAUUUCAGAUUUAAAAUAGUUUAUCGCAAAGAAGUUUGCAAUUUUUUAAAUUAACUUUAG